AACAUCGAGCGUAUCGCGCGCUCUGUGCAGAAACGUUUUGUCCGGUUGUGCACGAUGUUAUUGUCAGCGUGAGCAUACCAACGGAGGAAACCGUGCGCUUCUCGGAAUUAAUAUGCGAUCUACCGCGCGACACUCUCGUGUGCGGUCUAGGAAUCGGAGGUGAGAUGCACGUCGGAGCGAAUCGUUCCGCGAUGAACUGAACUCGCGCGAUUCGGGUGGUGUCCGCGAUCGCGGGUCAGAAAAGACGGACGAGAUUAAGAGCGGCGAAGAAACGUGCGGAGGGGUGAAAAAUGAGGGCCCCGUUGCUGUUGCUGGGGGGUGUCGUGGUAUUCUCGGUCGCGGUCGCGAGAGCUUUCUCGUGUGUGUGCUCGCCCUUCGAGUGUGACAUUCUCACGGACGACGAUUGUCCCGGAGGCCUCACCUGGGAUCCCUGCAGAUGCUGCAAGCUGUGCGCUCGCGUCGAGGAGGAGCCGUGCGGUGGCCUUUUUGGCUUUUCCGGAAGUUGCGGCGACGGGUUGCAAUGCGUCAUCAAAAAUCUACUGCCGAAUACCCGGGAAUUGGACGAAGGAGUCUGUACAAAGAUUCCGGGUAGAUGGAGGAAGCACUGUCCGCACGGACAGGUAAUGUCGGAGCCUGGUUGCAACCUAGUAUCCGGAGUGACCGUAGAGAACGGGAAGACCGUGUCGACCGGAAAAUGCGUUUGUGGACGGUCGGUGCCUUGGUGUCCAAACGAUCCGCGGCCCUACGAUUAUUCUACCGAACACGAGUGCAAGCUCAAUUUGGCCGUAAAGAUGGGAUACGAUGGCCUCUUUAAUCCCGGAAACACGGCAAGCGACGACGUUGAAGGCGAGGGACAGGCCGACGAAUGUCCAGACGACAGCGUUCGAGGGGAGAACGGCGACUGCAAAUGCGCAGCCGACUGUCCAUCGGUCGAAUGCCCAGCGGGUCAACGUCCGCUCCAGGUGAAGUCAGCGGAUCCUGAAUUGCCCGGUAGCUGCUGCGCCCGUUACGUUUGUGUUCUCUCAGAUUCGCGAGGAUUCGAGCCGUGCCCCGAAAACACCGUUCUAACGGAAGAUGGAAAAUGCGAGUGCGCGCCUUGUCCACCGGCGAGCUGCCAACCGGAAUAUCGUCCCGUUCAAGUAAAGGCUGCUCGUGAACGCGAGCCGUCCGCCAGCUGCUGUCCUUUGUACGAGUGCAGACCAACAGAAUCUGUCACCUUGGUGAAAGUGGACCCGGAGAUAACGAAGGCGGCCAACUACUGCAUCUACGAGGACAAGGCGAGAAAGUUGGGCGAGCGAUGGCAGCAGUCGGAUUGCGUCAACUGCGUCUGUCAAGAAGACGGAGUGUCCUGUCAGGAACCGAUGUGCAAGUCCUGCGAGAACGCCAUUCCCCCCGAUCCCGGCGAAUGUUGCCCCCACUGUCCCCCGCCUACUCCGGAGCCACCCUGCCGCAGCCGCAGCCGCACUCCCGAAGGGUGUACGUUGACGUGCGAGCACGGUUACGCCACCGACGAGAACAACUGCCCGACGUGCAGUUGCGCCGAGACUAUGCGAAACGAGACGACAGAGGACCGAACGAAUAACGACCUGGACGAGCUGGUGGACGACGUGUGCCCGGACCUAGCGGACUGCCAGUUGAACUGCGAACUCGUUAAAGACGAGGGAGGCUGCUCGGUCUGCGCUUGCCACCGCGAGCCUCCGCCGCGAGCCUUCGAUCACCAGCCCAGGAACGACACCGUGCCGGUCGACGAGAAGAAGAUCUGUCCGGAGGUGACGUGCGACCUGCACUGCGAACAAGGGCUGCUGAUGGACGAGAACGACUGCACGUUCUGCAAGUGCAGGGAACCGGACACGAGCUGCCCGUCUCUGGUCGGGUGCAAGAAGCGAUGCGCCUUCGGUUACAAGAAGAACAAACGCGGCUGUUCCAUAUGUCGCUGCCGCGCUUCCUGCACGGACCACUUUAACGGGACGCAUCCGGAAGGGUCGACUUGGCAUCCGAACACGUGCAGCUCGUGCACCUGCGAGGCCGGAGGAAAGCUGAGCUGCAAGGAGACGGUGUGCUCGGUAGCCUGCAACGAUCCGUUGCCACCGAACCCGGGAACCUGCUGCCCGAUCUGUCCAAUUACGACUACGAAAGGGAACGAAACGAGCGGAGGAGGUCAUCAAGGAGGGAAGAGCUGGGGCACCGUGCCGAUCACCUUGAUCGUCAUACUCGCGCUCCUCUGCCUGCUGCUCAUCGUCCACAUCGUCCGCGGUCGGUUCCGCGCCCGCCUCUCACCCUCCGAGGCCUCCUACACCUCCUAUCCGCCGCAGUACUACAAAUGCGUCCCGGUCUACGACACGCCGGUCCAUCGAAACGAGAAAAUCGUACCCUUGUAAAACACUUGCGAAAGACCUCUCGCGUCAGUCGCGUCAGUCGCGUCCAGUGAAACGUGUAGUCUCCGUCGGCGAGUCCGAACCUAACGUUUCACCGGCUGAAAAUACCAUAUUGUAGAUUCAGUAUUAUUUGUAAGUAGCGGACGGUUUUACGGUCGAAAGAUAGAACGAACCACGGCUGCCCCGUGAUACCCCUUUCCCGAGGCUCCCCCUCUUCCACACCCACACACCCUAAUGCGAUGUCGUAAUCUGCGUUGUAAUCUGUAAAUUAUAAUAUAAAGGCUAGCGUAAUUAUCGCGAAGAGGUAAAUAUGGUAACUCUGAUAGAAGAGAGUCUUAGCCGUAGUAUUAUGUAUGUUCCCCCGAUCGCUGGACCAGCUCUGCUCUUCUCUAUUCAGCUUCCACACACUCUCUCGGAGCGUCGUUUGUCACGGAACCCCGUUUAAUUUACCAUUGACGAGGAACCCACAUUUCCUCCCUUCCUCUAUUUAUCAUAUCGUUUACCCUGCUUUCGGUAUUUAUUCCGUGAAAUUUCUCUCCUCGAGCAGACGAUCCAAAUAGGCCCCGAGUCUUGUCUAGAACUUUUGAUACGUACACCGUUCCAUUUCUAGGUAUUAGAGAGUGUCUCGAUGUCGCGUGCGAUGUAUCGUGCAGCAACGAUAACGAUUCUUUACCAACCACGGCGGGAGAAAGAGGAUAGAGAGGCGUCCUGCGUGUGUACAUGUACAAAUCGUUUAUCGUUGUAGCGCGAGGUAACCGAAAUAAAACAUAUCCCUGUGCUUUGGACGAAAACGCGAGUGCGCGCAAACACUCCUCUUAUCAUUCCUUCUCUCCUAAACUAACGCGUACAUAUAUUUUUCCAAUGUGACACUCUGGUCUUAUUGUACAUCGUCUCUAACCGUUUAUCGUCUAGCAGUACAGAAAGAAAUUGUUCGCGUACGCGUUGUUUAACACCACGCCGGUAGCACACGCCUACCGCAUAUAGAAUGAUCGUCGACGAAUUCGCAGACUGUAUUUCGUACGUGUACAUGUACGUUGGAGACAAUAUGUAUCGACGGCAGGUUCGUACGAUGUUCCCGCGACGCGCGAGCCACCCGGUCGUUUCUCGUUGUUUGCCGAGCACGCACCGUCCAAGUGCAACAACGGCAGGUUUCGGAACAAAUCGUUUUCGACUACCUUUCCGUCCUUGGUUACAUAUCGACGAGGCGUGGCGGAUUCGCCGAGUAAUGGAAAACGAGUCGAAAACGAGUGUGCUGUGAUCGUGGAAAGAAUCGUGGAAGAAUCGCGAACAAAUAAGUAAAAGGCCACCGAGAAACGAAUAGUAGUCUCGUGCUUGCGCGACACCUUUUUCUGUAUAUACAGUUUCACCGUAACCGAAUAUCAUAUCAGUGUAACCUAGACUUAUUUAAUAUGCGCCAACUCGUGUAUGCAUAUUAAAAUCGUGCGUCAUGUUUAAAAACGAUAGCUCUUGUAUGUUAAAUAAAACGAGACUAAAUAAAA